AAGAAUUAGUAAAGAAAAUGGGAAAGGGAGAAAUAGGCCCACAAUUCCCUCUCUCCUCUCUUUAGUUUCUCUCCUUUCCCACUGCAUCGACCUCGAGUGUCCUCUUUGAUCAAACUACGUCCGCGGCUUCGCCAGAACCUCAACUCAAUGGACCAAUACCCCUCCAGAGAUCGAGAGGAGUCUGACGACGAUGCCCUCCUGGAAGCGUUAGAGAACGAAGACGACUCAACAUUCCGCGCGCAGCGAAUCGAACAGCUCAAUGCUGAGUUUGCCGCAGCCCGAAACAAUGCGGUUCAAAGCAGCGCUGCCUCAAUCGCGACAGUCGUUGAAGACAAUCUUUAUCCUACUUUGAAAACCGACUCGAGACUUCUGAAUUUCACAACCCAAAGUCAUCGAUGUGUCAUUCACUUCGCACACCCAGAUUUCGCGCGCUGCAACACUAUGGACGAGCACAUUCGAGCGCUGGCUCUUCAACACCACGAGGUGCGCUUUGCGCGGGUCGACGUGCGAGACACCCCGUUUGUCGUAGAGAAGCUCAAGGUCCGCGUCCUUCCCUGUGUCAUUGGCUUCAGAGAUGGGCUAGCGGUUGAACGUUUGGUGGGAUUUGAGGGCCUUGGUGCGGGUGGGCGUGAUGGGACAGACGGAUUUAGCACGGCGACGCUGGAGAAACGGCUCGUCUGGAAAGAAAUUUUGACUCAAACAAGACUGAAAAACAUGAGUAAUAGUUCAGAUUAUUCGGAUGAAGAUAGCGACGACGACACUAGUGGGCGGCAAAAUGGAAGGCGGACUAUACGGAGCGGUAACUCACGUCUGCGCCGGCUUGGUGAUAGCGAGGACGAUGAUGAUGACGAUUGGGAUUAACAUCGAACACACUGUCAAUGAACGGGGUGGGUAUAACGAAACAAUCUUUGACCCCAGGAUGAAUGAUUAUGGAAGAUAUAGGUCCUUGCAUAAUCACCAAACUUCGUAAUCUGAACCAGGCGCUGUGUUGCUGGGAUGCCUGUGGCUCUAACCGCAUGAUGAAUGAAUGCGCUGGGCGCGCAUAUCUCUGCUGCGUUAGGCAAAAGCUACGGGAAUGUCUCGCGUGAUCAGUCAGAAGAGGAUGUCAAGAGCUGUCCAAGACAAUCGUCAAGUGUAGGCAGUAGGGCAUAUAUUCGGCCUAUAUUCGAGAGCUCGGCCACCUUGGGACAAGAU